CUAUGUAAAAUCCAUCCGGUACUGGAUAUCCGGAUGGCGUCGCGAGAUUGCCCUUUGAGGUAUUUUGCAUUUCGCUCGCAACUCGACGGACGACGAUGCUGGCCCGGUCUCUUGCCGCCAUCUCCAAGCGCUCUUCGGUCGCGCGCCGCUGCUUCUCGGCCGAGGGCGGCCCGUACGAGCACCGCGCCGUGUCGGCCGAGACGCUCGCCACGCUGAAGGAGCUCUUUGGCGACCGCGUCUCGACCGCUGCCUCGGUGCGCGAGCACCACGGUACGGACGAGUCGUACCACGCGCCGUGCCCGCCCGACGUUGUCGUUUACGCCGACAGCACCGAGGAGGUCUCGACGAUCCUCAAGCUCUGCUCGGCGACCAAGACGCCGAUCAUUCCGUUUGGCGCUGGCUCGUCGCUCGAAGGCCACAUCUCGGCGCUCCACGGCGGUAUUGCGCUCGAUUUGACCAACAUGAAGUCGAUUCUCUCGGUCGAGCAAGAGAACAUGAGCUGCCGCGUCCAGUGCGGCGUCACGCGCCUCCAGCUCGAGUCGGAGCUUCGCGCGACGGGCCUAUUCUUCCCCGUGGACCCUGGUGCCGAUGCGACCCUCGGUGGCAUGGUCGCCACGAACGCGUCGGGCACGACGACCGUCCGCUACGGCAACAUGAAGUCGAACGUCCUCGGGCUCACGGCAGUCAUGGCCGACGGCCGCAUCAUCCGCACCGGCUCCAAGGCGCGCAAGUCGUCGGCGGGCUAUGACCUCACACGCCUCUUGAUCGGCUCGGAAGGCACGCUGGCGGUCGUAACCGAAGUCGAGCUGCGCCUCCAGGGUGUCCCGGAAGCGCACAAGAUUGCGGUCUGCAGCUUCCCGACGAUCCAAGACGCGGUCGACACGUGCACCGUCAUCAUGCAGAUGGGCAUUCCGGUCUCGCGCAUGGAGCUCAUGGACCACAAGGCGAUCGAGGCCACCAACAAGUACUCGAAACUCAACAACAUUGUGUCGCCGUGCCUCGUGAUUGAGCUCAACGGGACGCCGGAAGAAAUUGCGCACCACACGGGCACGGUCCAAGCGCUCGCGGAAGACUACUCAGUGCAGCGCAUGAGCUGGGCCGAGACCGAAGAAGACCGCAAGGAGCUCCUCAAGGCCCGCCACUCGGCGUGGUAUGCCACCAUGAACUUGGUGCCGGGCAGUCGCGCGCUCUCGACCGAUGUGUGUGUGCCGCUGAGCAACCUCACGCAGGUGAUUGGCGACACGCAGGCCGACUUGGAGGCCUCGGGGCUCGUUGGCACGAUCGUCGGCCACGUUGGCGACGGCAACUUCCACGUCAUGCUGCCCUUCUUGCACGAAGACGAACCCAAGGUGCGCGAGUUCAGCGACCGAUUGGUCGAGCGGGCGCUGGCGGCCGAAGGCACGUGCACGGGUGAGCACGGCAUUGGGUCGGGCAAGAUUAAGUACCUCCGCAUGGAGCACGGCGACAGCGUCGAUGUGAUGCAGACCAUCAAGCACGCGCUCGACCCGCACAACAUUCUCAACCCGAGCAAGCUGUUCUAAGUAGAAAAUAGUAUUUUUUGUUGCAACUCGA